GAAGGAAUGUAUGUAGCACACCAUGGAUGAUUUUAUAAAAGAAUCCUUAGAGAAAUUUCUGAAGAAAUCCAUGCUAGAAUUCUGAAAGGAAUCUUUAGAGAAAUCUCAGAAGAAAUCCAUGACAGAAUCUCUAAAGAUUGCAGGAAGACUGUCUAAAGGAAUCUUGAGAAACCGCUUCAAGGUUGCUGGAGAGAGUUAAGCAAAAUCCAUUUGUAACACUAAGCUUCCUACCUUCCAACGUCCAUCAGUUAGCAUAACCAUCAUCAGUUCACAGCGUGCAAAGAAACCUGAUUGAUGGGAAGAUCCGCACAAUGGCAAUCAAUAUCAACCCAUAUCAGUCGAAUUGAUCUCCACUUGGGCAUAGGUGGGUGACUGUGCGCUGUCCGUCCUACCAUAAUAUGAAUGCCUUUCAUUCACCUGUUUCGAACGUGACACUGUUGAGUGCGACCAGGUAGGUAGGUAUAAGUUAAUUUAUGAAUGAGUGACUGAGCCUUCAUCGCCCAUCAUCGCCGCCGAAGGAGCAUCUCUUCGUGUUCGGGCCGUCGCCACUAUGCGGGGGUAAAUCACUUUCGUCGGUCUACCAUUGCGUCGUCGGCUUCAGCGUUAUUGUGGGCGGUGAUAAUUAUUGGUGACAUUCGGAAAGGGUAACUCUUUUCUUAUCUUUUUUCGCGAGACUUCGGUGUUUUGGCGGCAGCCGACGAUCUUCGAAGUUGAUGGCGAGGACGUCAUAACUUACGAAGUGGUUGCGAUAGGUAUACCCACUUAUGCCAUUCGAUGAUGGUUGAUGCGCACGGUAGCUUUCCACGGGAUGGAGAUGAUAAGGGCCUGUUCAGAAAUCGGGAAUGGUGUCUAUAUAAGCGAUUGGGGAGAUCGUUCCAGGGGUACAAUUCGGAAAACACCUGUAUUCGCAAUUGACGUGCGCUGCUGGUUUACUUGUUUGAACUCCCGGUUCAGACGUUGGUAGGAAAAUAUUUGUGUUUUGUUAGGUGUUCCCUAGCUGGGAAAGUGUCGUGUCGCGUUUAAGAUUUCGGUUUGUUUUGUUCUUACGUGUGACAAGUGCCCGGUGAAAAGCUGAAGUAGCAGUAGCGGAGCAUUUGUUUAGUGAACAGAACUGUUCGAGUGCUAGAUUAUUUGAAGUGGCUCGCAACUAAGCUGGUGCCUUGGGAUAAUCUUAACAAAUGGCACGUACCUUUAUGGAUCUGCUGUGGGACUACGGCGUGUUCGUAGUGUUCAUUAUCUUCUCGACGCUGGUGCCCCUGUGGGGACGAUUUUUCGGCAAGAAGGAAAAAACCAAGGCGGACUAUGUUUUCGGCCUGGGCACGAUCUCGAUGGGCGCCAUGAUGCUGUCGAUCGCGCGCGGAACGCUCGGCGUCCGAUCGUUCCUGGGCUACCCGAGUGAACUGUUCUACCGGGGGUCGGCCAUGUGGGAAACCCUGUACGGGAUGGUGACGGCCUAUCCGAUCGUGUGCUUCGUGUUCAUCCCGGUGUACUUUAACUUGGGUGUUACGUCCGUUUACCAGUAUCUGGAUUUGAGAUUCAACAGCCGCCUGGUUCGCUGUCUAGCGUCGGGAACCUACGUGAUCCGAUCCCUACUGAAUCUCGGCGUAACGGUAUACACUCCAACGGUGGCACUGAAUACGGUCAUCGGAAUUCCCUACUGGGCUUCGCUGCUUGGGAUCUCCGCUAUCAGUAUCAUCUUCAACCUGCUGGGAGGGCUGAAGGCCGCCAUCAUGGCUGACGUUAUCCAGGGAGUUACCAUGAUCCUGAUCUCGAUAGCCAUAAUCAUCCAGUCCAUGAUCAACGUUGGAGGUUUCGAUAAGAUUUUCACGGUCCCGGCUGAAAAUGGCCGCUUGAACUUCUUCAACUUCACCGGAGACUUCACGAUCCGUGUGGACACCACUUCGGCUUGGCUGGGACAGCUCUUCAUGUCGUUGAGCAUCUUUGGCUGUCAGCAGAACUUCGUCCAGCGCUAUCUAAGCAUGAGCACUUUCAAAGAGGUCCGCCGAACCCUGAUGAGUAACAUUCCGGUGGUGAUCACGCUGUUCUCGUUGGCCUGGAUCGUCGGCAUGGGAGUGUACGCGGUGUACGCUCAGUGUGACCCGAUGGCCGGAGGCUACAUCAACAAGAUGGACGAAAUUCUACCGUUCUUCGUAGAGGACAAGUUCAGCUAUCUACCCGGAGUGCUGGGACUGUUUAUGGCAUCGCUGUUCAACGGCGCUUUGAGCUUGAACGUGUCCAACCUGAACUCGCUGGCGACCGUUACUUGGGAGGAUUUCCUGUCGCCGCUGCCACGCUUCAAGGGAAUCAGCGACAAACAGCAGUUGACGAUCAUCAAAUUCAUCGGAUCCGUGUACGGAGUUAUGGUCAUGGGCGUCGGGUUCGCUGUGGGUCUUCUGUCCGGAGUGAUCGAGAGCAGUAUGUUGAUGACCUCGGCUACAUCUGGACCACUGCUGGGAGUAUUUCUGUUAGCCAUGCUUGUCCCGGUUGCCAACUGGAAGGGAGCUGCCUCCGGAAUGAUAGUGUCCCAUAUCGUUACACUUUGGAUUACGUUUGGAAGCCUUACCGUCGAUAAGGAGACCGUACUGCUGCCCACCUCCGUUGAGGGCUGCACAAACGAAACCUUCUCGGCUGGCAUCGUCAAACCAUCCAAAUCGUGGCUUCUCGCCAACACGCCCCUUGAGGUUGAAUCGAACUUCUCCUACUUAGACGGACCUCUGGAAGAGCAUAUCGCGCGUACUCCUCAAUUCCCGGAAACCCUGUACUCCAUCUCGUACAUGUACUACAGCUUGAUCGGCACCUUCCUGACUGUCAUCAUCGGUACCCUGGUCAGCUACCUAACCCGGCACCGGGACGACGCCUACGACCACAAGCUCCUCCAUCCGGCAGUGUACCGACUGAGUCGAAUGCUACCCGGUAAGGCCCGCCGUUACGUCAACAACCCAGACAUUCGCCCCAAAAACUGUCCCAGUGCUUUCAAAAAGAUUCCUCUGGACAACCCGGCCUUCGAGCCCAGCCUGGAGUCGAUCCACGAGAAAAAGUCUCCUCUGGAGCCGGCGGUCUUCAUCGUCAACAUGUCGGUGCCCGUCGAAGUUCCGUCCAGUGUUCCCAGUGCUGAACCAACCGCUGCAGACUCUAACCGACUGGUACCUGAGGAAGUUAGCGAGCUGAAAGAAGUCCGAACGUGAGUCUCCGCCUUCGCCUCUACGGCUACUUCCGAGUAACAUUCGAGGUUUUAUCGUGGUUUUGAAGCAGUUUCUUUGAUCGCAAGAGCAAUGAUAAAACCUAAACCGCUACUAGGGGUAGCCCAUUAGCCAUGUAAGUGUGUGCCGCAGAUCAUUAUUUAAUGAGCCUAUGUUUAUUAAGCCGUAACAAUAUGUAGAACACAAAAGACUGUGAUAAGACGUAAAUCGAGUUUAAGGAUAUUGAAAUAAUCGCAAAACCCAGGUUAAGGAUCCGAAUUUCCAUCGAUGAUGGUGAGUGACGACUCCUAUCAUGCAAUCAAACAAGAAAACUUAUGUAAGAAUGCAUAUCCCCUUUUUAGAAUAAAACAUGUUUUCCAACUCUUGACGUACCCGUGUCUUGGGUUUCAUA